AAACAAAGUGUCAUAUUAUAACUUUGCGCUCAACUUGCAACACAAUGCACUCUUCGCUUUUCCCGGCUUCCCUCAUCGUCUUAAGGCUCGUUUCUCGCAGAGAAACUCCACUUAUAUCACUAGCGCAUCUUGCUAUCUGUUCAGCAUGGCUUAUCACUGCGGGGAUUCUGAUUCAUUUACCCACACGUCCACCACCCUCGUCUCUUGAGCUCCUCCAGACGUUGGAACAGGUAUCGACAUGGCAUUGGAGAAGCAUGGAAAAGCGAUCGAUCUGUCGCACCAUCUGUCGGACUUGUCUCGUGCCAGAGGAACCUCUCCCUUGAAGGGUCUCAUAAAAUAUGUGACAAAGCCGGGUACUAUCUCUCUGGCAGGAGGAAUGCCUCAUCCCAGUUAUUUCCCAUAUGCCGAUAUAUCUGCUAAUGCUCUUGCAUCGGACAAUUUCGCUCUUGAACCAACUCGACCAGACUCAUCUGUUUCAUGGUUCUGGAAACUCUUUGGGGCCGGGUCCUCGAAAGAGAAGAUCAUGCCCAUCACGAUCCCCAAGUGUCCUUCACAAGCAGAUGACAUCAAUCUAGCUGUCUCCCUACAGUACGGUACGGCGCAAGGCCUUGUUCAGCUCCAAGAAUUCCUCAAAGAACUUGUGGGAAAAGUCUAUAAGCCCGCCUACAGCGACUGGACGACAUUGGUCCAAACCGGCAACACCGACGGUUGGUCCAGGGCUCUCCAAACACUCUGCAACCCUGGCGAAUUGAUCCUAACUGAGGAAUGGACGUACCCCUCUGCUCUCGCUAACAGCCAACCUUUCAACAUUUUCCCUGUUCCGAUUGCAAUGGAUAGCGAAGGUAUGCGAAGCGAUGACUUGCGAAAGGUUCUUUCGGAAUGGGACGAGACAGCUCGAGGCGGGAAACGGCCACACGUCAUGUAUACUGUCCCCGUCGGUCAGAACCCAAGCGGUGCUACCAUGGGUUUGGAACGCAAGAAGGAGAUCUAUGACAUCUGCGUUGAAUUCGAUAUCAUUAUCGUCGAAGACGACCCGUACUAUUUCUUGCAGGAAGGACAGUACAAGCCUAAAUCUGAACGUUCUAGCCAAUCGGCUCACAAGGAUCCUGGAGACUUCAUCGCGAACUUGGUUCCCAGCUACCUAAAGGUGGACUACCAGGGCCGUGUGAUUCGUUUGGAUACAUUCUCCAAGACGAUUGCCCCUGGCAGUCGGCUGGGUUUCUUCACCUGUAACCCAAGGUUCGCUGAACGUCUCGAACGUCAUGGUGAAACAACCACUCAAGCACCUUGCGGAUUCGGCCAGUCCCUGAUUACUCAGCUACUUAAGUCUUGGGGAUAUGAGGGCUAUACCCGUUGGCUCCAUGGCCUUGCCGUACAAUACACUGGACGUCGUGACUACAUCAUUGACUGCUUUGCGGAGGAAUUCCAUCUCCGGAGUUCUAUUGGGACGACGGGUAUCUGGAACGGACUCGAAGUGUAUGACCUGUACGCGAAACCCAAGCGCAAUGCGUCAGGAUUGGAGAAGUUCGACUUUGGGCCAAAGUUAAUUAGUUUUGUCCCUCCAACAUCCGGCAUGUUCAUCUGGAUCAACUUCAGGACUCACCCGUCGUUCAAAGAAGGUGAUGAGGAACCUCUCGAGACGCAACUCUUCAUUAAGUUGGCCGAGGGUGGAGUCCUCGUUGCACCUGGUUGGUUCUUCGCUGCGACGGAUAACGUCUUGGACAGCGGUGAAGGGCACGUUCGGAUAUCCUUUUCCAACGUUGACUUCGAUGCAUUGAAGAAAGCCGUUGGCAUCUUCGGAACUGUCCUGCGCGACUUCUUCAAGGAGUGAUAGAUAUUCUUCAUCGAGUUAUUUGCUUGUGGAUCUUUCUGGAAAUGUAUUGUAUAUGUAAGCUAGAUCUGGAUUACGAUCUGUGUGUGUGCUCUGUC